AUCAGCUGUGUCCAAUCACAGCUGAUCGCGAGCUGUCACGCUGAUGAUCAGUGUGCCCUGAUGAUCAGUGUAGCCCCAUCAGUGCCACCUGUCAGUGUCCAUCAAUGCCACCUGUCAGUGCCCAUCAAUGCCACCUGUCAGUGUCCAUCAAUGCCACAUAUGAGUGCCUACCAGUGCACAUCAAUGUUUUAUCAGUGCCCAUCUGAGCUGUCUAUCAGUGCCAGUCAGUGCUGCCUAACAGUGCCAGUCAGUGCCACCUAACAGGGCCAGUCAGUACCACCUAUCAGUGCCAGUCAGUGCCACCUAUCAGUGCCAUAUAUGAGUGCUGCCU